GAAAGCGGGUUCUUGCACAGUCAUAUUUGAGGGUGAAGGCAUCGAACAUAGACAUUCUAAGCAACGUAUCGAAGUAUUUGAGUGCAUUUGUCAGGUUAUGUUGGCGGUCCAUGACAGCAUUGAAAUCUCCUUCUUUGAUCCAUUUU